AUGAGUCAACCCGAGAUUCCUCCAGAGAUCUGGCAUCUCAUUCUCAAAGCUCAACGACACAAGCUACCCACUCGAGGGGAUCUUGCCAAUGUCUGCUCGGUCUCCAGAUUAUUCGAUACCCUUGCCACUCCACUACUGUACCGAUCAGUCAUUUUACGCCGGGUGAGUGAGGACUGGUCGCUAUUUCCGGAUGAUUUUGAAGCCACUGAACGGCCAAAAUGUAUUGGAGAUCUUAAUUUCGGUCUUUUUUAUCGACUUCUGGACGAUAGGAAUGAGGUAUUGCGAGAAUUUGUGCGUGAAAUGACCUUCAACCUUGACGGCACCGACAAGGAUAUAUCUCGUGCCUGGGACAAAUUGAAGCCACCCCAGGACCUCUUGGCUGGACUGGUCAGAAAGCUUCCAAAUCUAGAGGCUGUCUACUUCCUAGGAGAGCUCCCCAUAUCCAACGCCCUUGUGAAUGCAUUUCUCGCCCAUAAUAAAUCUCCAAAGCUUUAUUUGAAACGCGAACAGGGGCUCAUCAGGACGGAAGCUCGCAUUCCGUUUGUGCGGGAAGUAUGUAUCUUUGUGGACUCCACCGCCACAGCCCCUACUAGAGAAUUGCAGCCUGGGGAGAGAGAGUUCAGGCCCCAAAGACUAGCUCUGCAUGAGACUUUCGCCGCAUAUCCGAAUCUUGAAGACUUGUCAGUUUCGAUCAAUCUUUUACGAGGAGGGUGUGUGAUGGAUUACUCCCCUCCUUCAACAGAGAUAGUACCGCUUUCGAUACCGGAUGAAUUCAUCUUCCCACCGCUGAAAAAUCUCUCAUUGAGCGGCUAUCAUAUCACAGAUGAAGAGAAACAUCUCUGGAAACAGAGAUUCCCUUGGGGAGGAUUAGAAUCUCUCACUCUGGGAGUUCAGACCCACAGUGGCGUACUGCAGUCGGCUACUGGGAACGUGCAUAACUUGAAGAAGUUCCAGAUUACAAGCUUUACCCGCUAUACUGCUUCUAACUCAAGCCCUGAGCUUGACUCGUUCUUGUCCUCCUUCCAUUCCCUAGAGAGCCUCACUGCUAAGGGACUUGUCCCUUCGAUGAAUUCUGUGAUCAACCAUUCCCAUCUCAAACACCUUUGUCUCCAUGCCAUCGAAGAGACCGAUCAGGAGAGGAAGACACUGACUUUGGAGGAGAUAAAAGGCUUGGAUCAGCAUUGUCCAAAUGUCACAAGCUUGGAGCUAGAUAUAAAUCCAAAUGGAACAUGGCCAAACGACACAAUGGAGGCUAUUGCAACCAGAUUUGAAAAUCUUCGCGAACUGACAAUUCAUGUCGGACUGGGAAUAUCAAUUGCAAUAAAGAAUGCGCAAAACGGAUUCCCACUGACGAAAGCCUUUAAAUCGGUCUUGACCGAAGAAAUCGCAAGAGCCUCUGCUAAAAGAUUCCUCGAAUGCAGAGGACUGUCAAACUUAAAGAAAAUUACAUUGAAAACCGGCGAAGAUCUACGUUGGUUCCCACAAUGGCAUCCUGGAUACGCUGAUGCGGAAGAGGAAUGUUCGAGGAUAUUCGAGAUAGAUGCGCGCCUGGGACAGGACGGUGAAAUCAUCCUCGAAGAGCUAGACAGUACACGGGCUAGCAUUCUGAAGAGGUUGCGGAGUCCGAAUGGGACAUUUAACCGUGGAUUCUUUGGACAAGCUCCUACACGAAUCAGUACAGCGCCGCGGGUGUUUCAGGCGUCGUCCUUUAGUGCAAGCUCAACUUGA